AGAAGGGAGAAUUGGUUAGGACAUUAAGACUGGAGGCAGCCUUAGUUGCAGUGACUGUGGGAUAGUGACAUUCAAGAUUGUGAGAAAAGAGCAAGACACAAAUCAGGAUCACAAUGCUGGGCUAGUUAACCCAUUAACUUAUUUUAAGUGGAGGAGUUAUGCUAGAGAAUUCUGUCAAUGAUCUUAAUCAGGCAGAAGUCGCUGCAAAGGUUAAAAGUGUAUGUGCCUGCUCUCUGCUUGUCUUCAUGCAGUUCACUUAUGCUGUUUGUAGUGUUCUUGUAGCUGCUUGGAGAGGUCUGCCUGGGGACUUUAUCCAUUUAGGUUUAAUCCAUCAGAGGAUGCAGCUAAACAUGCAAGUGUACAGUACAGAUGAGGUAUUACAAGAGCUUUCUUCCCCCAGAAGGGCAAUGCCCCUACCCCUCAACCUCAGCAUCUCCUGCUCACCUUGUACUGAUUGUGGUAGAUCCACUGCAUAAGCUGACUCAGUACAUAAAGCUGGCAGAAAGCUAACCUAGCAAAAAGCUGUGUUCUCUGCUGAGCUAAAGAGUUGAAUUAGCUGUAAUGGGGGCUAGGUUAAUAGUCCCUCUGCUCUUUCCCAUGCUGUUCUAGCCCUUUCAUGAGCCCUCUCUGUAAGUGAGGUGCUCCCUUAAGGGCAAAAUUUGUGGUUACUUGAAUACAGCAAGAGUGAAGCAAUACUAACCAGGAGGCUGUCCAGAAUGGAGGUCUGCAGUUUUUGGGUCUGUGCCCUAUCAUAAGAACAAGUGUGUAUGUAAAGAGUUAGUCGGCCAAUUUUUUUCUUUUUUUUUUUCCUUUAGAUGAGAAGCAUCUCAUCUGAAGAGGAGGAGGGAAUGUUCUCAAUACAACAUCUUUAAUCUAGCUUGAUAUUUGUUUGGAGGAUAAAGCUUUAACAUUCUUAGCUGUAGAAGGAAUUUCUCACUGUUUUUCUCACCUUUUCCACCCAGCAGUACUGAGGAGAAAAGCUUUCCAUAGUUGCUGUUUAAUUUGGGUAACAAUUUGGGAUCUUAGGCAGAUUAAACCAAAUGCAUUUAGCAGAGCUUUGAUAAAAGCUUGGUGCAGUAAUCUAUUAUUAUAGCUCUAUACAGUAGGUAGAGCUUCUAAUUUUGGAUGUUAGACCUCUAUUCUUCAAUUUUACAAUAGCCUGCUUAGAAUAAUUAACAGCGAUGGAAUGUGACAGUGAAGAAAUUGGAUAAUUCUGGCAGUGCUCCUUUUAAUGUCCUAGUGUCCCUGUAUUGUUGUCUUGUCUAGUUUGGGGAGAGGAGGGAUGUGGCAAGGAAUGGAGUCUUCUGCACCCAAGCUUUAGAGACUGGUAUUGGAGGGGUUUGGUCUUUUGCCACCACAAUAUGGCUGCAGGCAUAAAUUGUGCAUACAGAGAGUUGCUGUACUACCACAUAGACCAGAAUACUGUUAGUGUUUAAGACUGAGCACAGACAACAAAAGAAGGGAGAAAACAAGACAAUGGCAGUGUAUGUCCAGGUAAGCAAGUGAGAACCAAACUGUCACAGGCCUUUAAUCACUGGCUGAAUGUUCCGGAAGAUAAAAUACAGGUUAUCAUUGAAGUGACAGAGAUGUUGCACAAUGCAAGCCUACUUGUGGAUGAUAUUGAAGAUAACUCAAAGCUACGACGGGGCUUUCCAGUGGCACACAGUAUCUAUGGAAUUCCAUCUGUAAUCAACUGUGCUAAUUAUGUUUAUUUUCUUGGCUUAGAGAAGGUUUUAACCCUUGAUCAUCCAGAUGCUGUUAAAGUUUUUACCCGUCAACUUCUGGAACUCCAUAAAGGUCAAGGCUUGGAUAUUUACUGGAGGGAUACUUACACCUGUCCUACAGAGGAUGAGUAUAAAGCGAUGGUACUGCAAAAGACGGGCGGUCUCUUCGGAUUAGCUGUAGGCCUCAUGCAGCUGUUCUCGAAUUAUAAAAAAGACUUAAAGCCACUUCUUAACACACUUGGUCUCUUCUUCCAAAUAAGAGAUGACUAUGCCAACUUGCACUCCAAAGAAUAUAGCGAGAACAAGAGUUUUUGUGAAGACUUAACUGAAGGCAAGUUCUCAUUCCCAACCAUUCAUGCAAUUUGGUCAAGACCUGAAAGUACUCAGGUGCAAAACAUUUUACGUCAAAGGACAGAGAACAUAGAUAUAAAAAAAUACUGUGUACAUUACCUUGAAAAUGUUGGUUCCUUUGAGUACACUCGGAAUACAUUGAAAGAGCUUGAAUCUGAAGCCUAUAAGCAAAUUGAAUCACUUGGGGGAAACCCUGAGCUUGUAGCACUAGUUCAACAGCUGAGCAAAAUGUUCAAAGAAACUGAAAAUUAGGAAAUUGAUUUCUGGGUGUGGAUUAAAACUCUUUUGAAAAUGGGCGAAUAACCAGAUGGAGAGUUGAGAUAAUCAGUCUUAUGUAAAACUUCCUCUUGUAGCCACAUUACAGAAAUUACUGUUAAAAAUAACUUGUCAUUGAGUUUUGAAAUAUGUAUCUUAUUAUCUCUAAAGUCUUAACUGUAACUGCUUACAGUUGGUUUUGUUAAAGCAGAUGUACUAGAACUAAAACAAGUUUUGAACCUAAGUGUAAUAGUCUUGACAGAAUCACAGGCAUUAUUUCAUACCUAAAACUCUCGUGCCCCUAACCAGGCUAUGAUAGGAUUUUGGUUGAAAUUCUGUGGUAAAUUAAUCAGGUUGACAUGUGCAUAUUAUGCAUUUUAAACAAUGCUCUUGUAAACCAAAAUUUGUGUUAAAAAAGAUGAUGCUUGCAACUACAAUGCAUAUAAAAUUGUGUGAUAUUUCUAAGUUUGUCUUGUGAAGAUCAGGGGGAUCAGUUUACUUUGUCCUAGAGUGAAUGUCCUAUCCAACUUCGGUGGAUAUUUUCAGGGGAAUGUGAAUUAUGAAAGAUACUAUUUCAUAUGCAAAUAAGACAUGCUUAGUCUGAAAUUGUGACUUGAUAAAGAUUUUGCAGUACCUUAGAGAAAAGAUUUCAUCACAUCAAUGAAGUGUAAAUUUGUUGCUGAUUCCAGCUCUGCAGUGAGUAAUUUUGCUCACCUGGUUUUAAAUUUUGAAAUUGUCAAACAUUCUGUAGCCAGAAACUUAAAUCUGUGCAUUAGAGCUCAUAUAUGUAACUGCAAAUAGCAACAUAAUGAGCUGCUAUUAGAAAUGGAAAGGGAUUCAUACCAGGUAACUUUGCGGUACCAUAAUUGGUGCAGAUCUCUUUAAUCUCUGCUUAUAAUUGAGGGGCUUCUCCAAGACUUUAUUCAUAAUUCAUAUUUCAUUCCUGUCCUGAAUUGCUGUCUGGAGGCAUGUUCUGUAUCUCCAAAGAGACAAGAGCUGUAAUUUUUUUUUUAAAACAAAGUACAGUAUCUUGUUUUACAAGCUACAAUACCACUUCAGUUUUGUUAAUUGCUGAAAUAGAGCUUUAAAAUUAUAGACAUACCAAAAUAGAACUGGGACUGAGAGCGAGAUUUAGGGGUGGGGCUGAUCAGUAACAAAGUUCUCUGCUCAGAUAUAUAUAUAAGUAUUAUAUAUAUAUAUAAGUAUUAUAUAUAUAUAUAUAUAUAUAUAUAUGUUAAUAAAAUGUAAGCGGAGAUGUUUGGUUUUUUCUUGCCUGGCUGGCUUUAAUCAGGUUCAGUUCCCUUAGUAUUCACAGGUAUAUUAAGUUUGCCUUGGGGUAGCUUGAUAAUGGUUGGAUCAAAGGUAGGACUGGUGCUAUAAGCUGUGGUGUUAACUCAAGCAUACUCUGAAAUGGACAGAGGUGCUUGGCUUUUGGUGGCUAAAGGAUAGUUUUAUAAAAGUGUUCAUUUACUGCACCUGGAAAACAAGGAGAGCUAUGAUCUUGGCCCACUGAGAAAAUUAACUGAAGAAGGUUGCUACAAUGUCUUCCCUGGGCAGCCUUAAUAUCUUCCUGAAAGUGAUCAAACAUGACGAAAUUGGGGAUGACUACUUUGAAUCUGAAAUAUUAUGUUGUUAUGGAUGAUAGCCUGUCCCCAUUUAUCUGCAUGCUGAGGAGAAAUCUUUAUUUAGUGUCUCUCAGAAAUCUGAGAGACACUAAAUAAUAGGCUUUUCACUGAAUGGACCUGGUUGUGAGGACUGAAUAGCUUGAAGUUGGUAAAAGGUAUCUCUAAUGUUAAUUAAAUAGAAUUGUAAUGCCUUUUUCAUAACUUGCAGUGCUUAGUAAGCCUGUAAGUUUUUAAUGUGUUAUGUGAAAAUACUAUCUGCAGCAAAUUACAUUUAUUUUGUGCCAUGUCUUGGAAGUUUCUAAGCACUGUUGCAGUUAAUGUUGAAUAGGGGGAAGCAUUGAAAAGAUUAUUGUUGUUGGGAGAAUCUCUUAGUCUUACUGUGAAAUGUAUCCUUUUUCUUGUUAGGAUACUGUAACUGCAACACAAUGCAAAGUGCACUUAGUGCCAUUUCAUUUCUGUUCUGUUGCUGGAUGUAAACAGUUCUGUAUUAUCAGACUUGCGUAAUGAAGUAGCUUUUCUUACUGUUUGUAUAAAGCUUUUCUACCAUCUGAGAUUUCUGCUAUGUCAUUGCUCCUUUUUUUCAUUCUGGCAAUUUACCCCAGUAUUUAUUCUAAUUCUCUAUCUUGUUGCAUGUGCCUUCAUUAGGAGUAGGUACAUGGAUGUUUUCCAGUUGCAGACCAUUUAAACCCCAAAUGGGCAAGAAGGAAACAGUUGGUACAGCUUUCUUUCCCAGGUUACAAGAGGCCAUGCAGCUUUCUCUUACUCUUCUGCCUUCAAGGCAUUUGAUGUCAGCAUUCAAAGCAUAUGCUGAAGGCAUAUCUGGAAAGGCCCACAAAUAGAGCGUUGUUGCUCUUCACUUAGGUUAGGAUAAACAGGAUUGUGAGAGCUGUUCUUGAUGUAUUCAGGAGUCGGAAGAGGUUGGGAUAUUUCCCCUUCAUCUGUUAAGCUGGUAGAGCAUCUUUAAGUACUAAAUGCCAGUAGUAAUGAUGUCCCUUAUUCAAGGUAGAUUUUAUAUUUGGUGCUAUAAGAUCAGUCUGUGCAUUUUCAUUGAUAUCCUCCAAUGUUAUCACUAGUUAAGUGUUAACUAAAUGUUAUCACUAUUAAGUGAUGCUCCUGAGGUUAAGCAGUGUUAAGAAAAACCCUUCUUUAAAGCAGCAUGGGAGUUCUUGUGACUGCACAAUUAGUUGUGUGAGUGCCCCUCUGUUGCUAUGCCUCCCACAACACAGGGAGUAGGGAUUUUUCCUGAUAGUCAUAAAAUAUGCACUGUUGUAGAAUGGCAAUCCAAGUUGCAAGUGGAGAUGCCCACGGGAAAACAAAGGGGAUGCUGGUUUCAAUGUCAGUCCCUUUGAGCCAGAAUCAUUCCCCUUAUCUUCCUACCAUUGCCAGCGAGUUGUACUUUGAUCAGGUUAUCAGUGCAUUUCCUGGGGAUUUAGUUCUUGCAGUUCAUAUUAAGAGAAAUGCAAAUAUUCAUCAGUCUGGAGCAUUCCCCACUACCUCAGUUAGUUUUCUGAUUUUGUGCUUGCUUGGAUGUAAAUGAGUGCUGUCAUCUGUCUUGGAGUAGCCAGCCAUUGGAUGGGGCAUCUGUCUUUGCUUUUUCAUAGGCUUAUGUUUAUACGUAUACCCCAUCAAUUAUGAUGAAAAUUGCAUCAUUUCAAAACCUUCCUGAGAAGAUAGCUUUCUCCUCUUCUUUUGAACUCAGAUUGUUCAUGUACCCACUCAGAGCAACUUUGUAUGUAUCAGCCAGUUGUUGACACAAACAUAGAAAUGUUAAUGGAAAAAAAACUUGGCUGUUCUUUGUUUCUGCUUUUUUUGUUAAUUUCACUAAUCUGGCUGCCUGUGCUAUGGAAAUUUCCUAUAUUAAUGGCUGUUUUCCUCAGUUAUUGUUAAAAUGCUAGCAAGGUAUAAAAAUGUGGGGUUUGUGAGGGGGUUCACAUUUUUCAUGUAAAACUGGUUUGAACUUUAACAUGCCUUUAAUUGCACGAGGCUUUUAUUCAUGGGCAAGAGCCAUAUGGGCAUCUGCUGCUCUUCUUUGUCCCAUCUUCAUUUUACAUCUCAGGUUUGGUAUUUACUAUGCUCUUUGUAUUAUUUGCUCAGUACUUUCACUGUAAUUCUUCUUUCAGCUAUAUUUCUAUUCUGCUGUUAAUACCAAGCACACAAUGCCACCAAACUCGGUUUUGAUCCUGGACAAACAUACUAGUCCGGGUCUACUUUUAAAAUGUUGAAUCUUGGCUCAUCAUUUGCCUUCACAAAAGUAAUCCAAGAUUAAUCCAAGAUUUUCUGCAACCUCAAAAUGCCUGAAACUUUUUUCCAGGAAGCUAAAGCCUGUAACAUCUUAUAUGACAAUAAAUUAUUUUUGUCUCAUGUAGGUUGAGCUACUUUCCUUGCCCUACCUGUUUGCUUUCAAGAUCUAUUUUGCUUUGGUGGUAAUACCUGUUAGGUCUUUUUAUGAAUGACCUUAACUCACUAGCCCUGAGGGAGAGAAGUUAAUUUUUGUCCAGGUUAAUGAAUUAUCCCACUCAGCAAGAGCCUGACAAAUGCCAGAGCUUGCAGGUGGACAAAGGCCAAGGAAAGGAUUUCAGAAGAAAACUCGUUUUGGCCUCCUGAAGCUGCCUCAUGUAAUUUUGCCUUCUUUUACAGAAUUUACUUGGCUUAGUUAGGAAAAGCUAAAGUGUGUGGUUAGUUUCUCUGAGCAUCCCAAAUAGACUGAGAGAGAUACUUAAGUUAAAAAUUAUUUAUUCUGACUAUUAUUUAUGUAACUUGCAUAUAUCAUCUAAAGAUUUUAUUAAAGGUACAGAUAAAACAGA